AUGUUGCUACAUCCUAAUCACCCAUCUUACCAUCAACGUCAAUACCAACAUCGAUUUCGAAUCGAGUCCUCGCGCGAAAUGAAUCAAAUCAAUCAAAUGAAUCAACUCUGGCAAAGCUUGAAGCCUCAAACUCCAAACAAAACCCCUCCAAACACAUGCACAUGCCUCCCCAUCUCACCACCUAAUACCCAAGUCAUGCUUCCCCAGCCCUCCUCCCGCCUCCUCACCCUCCCCCUCGAACUCCGUCUGCAAAUAUACACACACCUCGACCUCACCGCGCACACCAUCGCCGUCCUCAGCGCACCGGUCUGCCAAUUGCACCCGGACCUUGACCACCUCUGGCACCGCAUCGAAGCGCCCGCAGACAGAGAACCCACCACCCUCCCUCACUACACUAGUCUCCCAGGCCUAUUCGGCAUAAGCAGCACAUGCCGGCAACUCCAAGCCGAAACAACGGACUUUGUACUCGCGGGGAAUUCAUGGGCGUUUACAGACACGCGGUACAACUACGCCACCGCCUUCCCGCUGUGGCUCGGCACACUGUCUGCGAAACAGAGGGAGAGCAUUCGGACGAUUCACUGGCCCUUGCGCCACGCCCGGGAUGUCCAGCAGUUUGGCGAUGAAGUGCAGGCGCCGGAUCGUGCGUGUCGGGACGAGUUGAGAUGCUUGACGGGGCUGGAGCGUGUGGUGUUGAGGUAUGUGGGUACAGAUGUGGGCGCGGCGAGACUUGGGGUGGGCGAGAGGGAAGAGUUCGAGCGUCAAGGGGAGACGGGGUAUGUGGAGGAGAGGCGGUUCAGGCGGGAACUGGCUGUGAGGGGGAUGAGGGGCUUGGUGGGACGGGAGGAGGUGCAGGUGGUUUGUGAGAAGACGUGGAGGGCGAGGUUUUAA